AAGAAGAAGAAGAAGAAGAAGAAGACGACGACGACGACGAAGCGGCGGCGGCGAAGACGACGACGACGGACUCUCGAUACGAGCGCUUGUUCGGCCAUUUUCUGUCGCAUUUGAGUGGGGUAGCAGCGUAAAAAAAACCCAACAACAACUUUGCCGUGUACUUGUGUGCGUGUGUCAAUAAAUAGGGCUGUCAACUGAGUGUCAUAUUGUGGUUUGUAUACCGUUGCUCGCUGCCGCACUGAAGGAAGGACGUCAGCUGGUAAGGCUCCGGAAAUGUCGCGACAGAUGUCUCCGUCGCCACAAAGCAGGAGGUUCCCAUGGAACGAAUACGGACCUUACAGAGCUACAGCAGGACAGCAGCAUGUGAAUUCAUCGGACCGGAGGCCCGUUUGCAGAGAUGAAGAACGCAGGUUUGGUGAGGACUUGUUGCCAGAAGGCCAGAGAAGAUCCUCUUCCUCUCCGCAGGGUCACUUUUGGCGCGAACAGGAUCAGGACGGGCGUUAUCGGCGGCGGCCGUCGCCUCGACGCGAUUCGACAGACCGCCGUGUCCCGAGAGGCUCCCCCCAGCGGGACGGCGGAUCCGAUGGGGACAGACAAAGAAGAGGCUUAGGAGAAGACUUGCAGAAUUUUAACAGCAGAGGAAGGCCACCAUUUUCCCCUUUGAGGUUCCUGAGGGAACAGUUGCCGCGACAGCCCAUGAACAGUCUCUUAGACCUCUCGCAGGCAACACCGAGCUGGAGGCGGGACGGAGAAGGGAGGGGUCUAGGGCAGUUCCGAGACGUCAGCCCCGCCGUUAGGUCCGAUGAGCAAAGAGGAAGCAGAGGAGAAAGGAACACCGAAAGUGUGAACAGAAGCAGACAACGAGAGGAUGUUCAGCCCCCCUCAAAACGGCCGAGAAGAGAAAUGGACGGCCAUCAUCACAGCGGGUUCGGGCGAGAACACAAGGACUUUGGGGAUCAGCGAUACUCACCCACCAUGGUCGUCAGCAACCGCCGCAGGGACGCUCCCAUCAAAAACGCUCUCGUCUUCGCACACGAUCAAGGAAUCCCGGACAACCGGAAUGCACCGCAGCGGCAACACUUGGAUAACGGAAGACAGGGUGACUUUGACUUGCGACAGAGACGCUCUGGUCCAGCGAGCUCCUCCCAGGAACGAUUCCAGACGUCAGAUUGCAGGCCGGAUGUCAUUGAAGAUUCCAGAAAACGUCACUUUCCAGAUAAUUGGGAGGACAGCGCUGAAAGCAAGAGGAGCCCCCCGCCGCGAGAACGAACAAACUUUGCAAGAUUUGACAAACAAGACGUCCCCACGAACCAGAGAGGGGCGGGCUGUCCUCAUCCAGCCCGGGGUAGGUUCCGUCACAACCCGGUCGGAAACAGCGGGAAAUUCCCCAAGAACCGGACAAACUUUGAGCAGUCCUCUCGGGGCUACCAAGACGUUUCUCGUGAGGAGCCGAGAGCAGCGUACAGAUCUCAAAGCAAAGCUGUGGAGGAGGAGGAACCCAGAUGGACAGACAAAGACAGACGCCUGGAGCAGGUCCGGCCUGGCAGUCGGGCCCAACGCUUGCAGAGGGGUGACCCGGAAGUGGACCGGCCCAGGCCAAACGUGUGGGAGGAACCGGAAUCUAAAAACAUGACCAUGGUAACGGAGGAAACGCUCACCAUCAAAGUGGACAUGAGCCAGCCCGCCCAGCACACAAGCUUGCUGUGUUACUCUGCAGACCGCCAACUGUCCUUGGACCUGGUCAACGUGGGUCGCCAGCGUCUGGACUUCCUGCCGGAGGCGUCUCGAAGCAACCCGGAGAGCGGCGACGUGCACGCCGGAACAUUUGCGCAGGAAAUAAUCACACUGGUGCACCGCGUCAAAGAACUGUACUUCAGAGGCGAAGGCAUCACGUUGAACAAACGUUUCUCUCUGCCGCAACAAGGAGGCCAUGACGAAGAGGAGGGGGCGGGGCUGACACUGAACCAGAGAUUCUCAUCGAACCUGAAGGUGACGAUGCCGCACAAAAACAUCCAGCCGCUCAUCCCGGGUUUGAGGGGCCUGCGGACGUCGCACAGCCCAGGCGACCUGAGACACGACCUCGAGAGGCGGCGUCAGAAGCGUUUAGAGGGCGUAACCAUCACCAUACCGGGAAGCGGCCACCCGUCCCCCGCCAAGGUCAAGUACAGUGGCGCUGACGUGACGUUUGCGGACAAGCAGGACUACAGAUUGGAAAUAAACGCGGUGAGUCUGAAACCACGCGCGGCCCACCUGGCAGAGACAUUUAACCUUGUGUGUGUGUGUGUGUGUGUGUGUGUGUUUGUGCGUGCGUGCGCGUGCAUGCACACGCAGAGUUCUGUGCAAGGAGCUCCGUACAGGAUGACCGCCGGCCCGACGCAAAGGUUCAAGAACCAAUAGCCCGUCAGGACGCAGAACAGCAAAGAUGCGGGUAACCUCAAGGUCCCAGCUGGUGACGUCGCCCACUGAAGACAAACUGUUUUGUCUGCUCCACCGUUUCCCCUGCAGUCACUUCAUUUCUGUCUUUUAAAGUGAGUUCAUGUGUCACUCCGUUGUUGUCCAUGUCAUUUUGUUUUAGUUUCUACUUGUUCUUAAGGCAACCUAUUUUAACAUUUAUUCGAUUUUCUGCUUGUGCGCUGAAUUGUCUUCCUAGUGAUGACAAAGAGCGUACUAGUAUAUGAUGGACUUUAAGCCUGGGUAUCAGAGUAUCGAAUAAGUGCUCAAAUGCCUUGCAAUAUGGGUCUUGUUUAUUACGUACUUGGACCACAUGGAACAAUAAUUAAUUUGUGAGUAGCUCGACUUUAUUUAGAUGUGUUGUGAAAUGUUACAUUGAAACAUCAAAAUAAAAAAUAAAAUAAAAUAAAAUAAAAAAAAA